AUGGCAACUAUCGAAGACCCCACAAACUCCACGCGACCAACCCCCAGCAUCGCCGUCGCGGACGCAGUCUGCCAAUUAGGCAGCUCCAUCUUCAUCGCCGCGCCUUCUACACGAGUCUGGGAAGCUCUGACCGACACAUCGACAUGGCCUGAGUGGAAUACCUUUAUUCCGCGCGCGACUAUUCGCGAACAGCCAGAUGGGCAAGGCUCUGAUCCUGCAACCCUUUCUCCACUGCUUCGCAAGGGUACCAGAGUUACCUUCCACGUCCGCAUGGACCCUACCUCGAAUAAGCCCCAGGCUGCGAAUGAUGUGUACCUCGUUGUCACCGAAUACACGGCGCCAAACCCCGAAACGAAGACACCAGGGCGGAUUGUGUGGGUUGUGGAUCGGGAGGCUCCCGGCGCGCUGUCCCGUUCUCUGUUGAAUGCAGAGCGGGUGCAUGAGAUUACUGAUGUGGAGAUUGGGGAGGGUGAGAAUGCUGUUAAGGGGACGGAAGUGCGGAAUUGGGAGUUGCAAAAUGGGUGGUUGGUUUAUGCUGUGAAGUGGAUGUAUGGGGCGAAGUUGAAGCAUAACUUUGAGCUGUGGGUUAGUGAUUUGAAGAAGUUUGUUGAGGGGAAGGAGAGUGGUUCAAAUUAG